CAGAGCUAUGACAAAUUGUACCGCCUCGGUAUACAACCGUAUAUUACAGUAUGAGGAGCGCAGAGUAUGGUAUUGACUUAGACUGAUGAAAAUAUCAUGACCCGGUUCUUCAGCGGUCACAUUUGCUAAGUUAGCCGUAACCGUUGGCGCAGCUAAAGCUAGCUCGGUCGUGCCUGUUGUUGUUGUUUACACGUCGCCUUUUCCACUAAAGUGCCUGAAACAAUGCAGAGAGUGAGAUAUUUAAAGAGUGGCUGGCAGCUGCUGAAAUCAAGCUGUGAGGGAGCAGCAAAGCAAGCGAACACCCAGUCUUCGGCUUCAAGAUGUUAUAGCCAUGCAAGCAGCUCCUUCGGGCUCCUCUUUGACAUUGAUGGGGUGCUGGUGAGAGGCAAGACUCCGAUCCCUGCAGCCAAGCAGUGCUUCAAAAACCUGGUGGACCGCAGUGGAAAAUACAAGGUCCCUGUGGUGUUUGUCACUAAUGCUGGGAACUGCAUGAGGCAGACAAAAGCGGAACAUCUGUCACAUCUGCUUGAGGUGGAGGUGUCUCCAGACCAGGUGAUGCUAUCCCAUAGUCCUUUGCGAAUGUUUACCCAGUUCCACAAAAUGCGUGUGCUGGUCUCCGGACAGGGUCCAGUAGAGGAAGUCGCUCAUAACCUGGGCUUUCAGGAUGUUGUUACUAUAGAUGUGCUCAGAGAAGCGUACCCAGUCCUAGAUGUUGUGGAUCACAAUAGAAGACCCAAAGAUGUUGUGCCGCCCACUAAAGGUUUACGGCCAAUAGAUGCUGUUGUUUUAUUUGGUGAGCCUAUUAGAUGGGAGACCAACCUCCAGCUUAUUGUUGACGUGCUGCUAACUGGUGGGAACCCAGGCAGCACUUGGAGUUCAGCGCAUUAUCCUCACAUCCCCGUCCUGGCAUGUAACAUGGACCUGCUGUGGAUGGCAGAGGCCUGGAAUCCCCGGUUUGGUCAUGGUAUGUUCCUGGUGUGCUUAGAGUCUCUGUACAAGAAGGUCACAGGAUACGAACUCAAGUACGAGGCUCUGAUUGGGAAGCCCAGUGUGGUGACUUAUAACUACGCUGAGCUGCUGAUUAGACAGCAGGCUGAAAGACUUGGCUGGAACACGCCUGUGAAGAGGGUGUAUGCUAUAGGUGAUAAUCCCAUGGCCGACAUAUAUGGCGCCAACCUCUACAAUCGCUACCUCCAGUCUUCUCGUCACACCAAGGCACAGAUGCAGGCUCAGAGUGCUGGUGGAAGUAUAGAUCCCUCAGCUGUUGAUGACACCCCUAAAAUGACAUCAGCAGAACUAGGUGGAGCUUCAGGUGUGGCAGAAAGGGAUCUGCCCGAGGGAUGUAGCUCAAUCCUGGUGUGCACAGGAGUGUACAGCAAAGACCAACAGGAGCUGCUCUCAGACCCAACACAAACAGUCACAGAACAACGCAUCUUCCAUGGUCACAGAGACUUCCGCUUCGAUCCCAGCCUCACUCAACCGUCCUUCGUGGUGCAUGAUGUGAAGGAGGCGGUUGAGUUGGUAUUUAAGCAGGAAGGCUGGCCACUACAGUAGGG